AAAUAAUAAUAAUUUUAUAUUAUUGUUAAGUUUCAAUUAUAAUAAAUUUAAAUUUUUUUUUAAAUAUAUAAAAAAAACACCAAUCGAUAGUUUUAUAUUUUACUCUUUCUAAUUAAAUCAUAAUCAUAAAAAAAAAGAAAAAACUAUAAUACACAUAAAUAAAAAUGGCCUCACCAAAUCAACCACCACAACCAUCAAAAACUCAAAACAUUCUUCAAGAAGUAGAUAAAGUUAAAAGUGUUAUGCAUAAUAACAUUGGUCUUAUGUUAGACAAUCAUGAUAAAGCUUCAAAUUUACAAGAUAAAACUCAAUCAAUGAGCAAUAAUGCUCGUCUUUUCAAAAAACAAACUGGUACAAUCAGAAGACAGAUGUGGUGCAGAAAUAUGAAAUUAAAUCUUAUUAUUGGUGCCAUUGUUGUUAUAGUUAUACUUGUCAUUGUUAUACCACUCGUAUUACAUUUUACAUAAACGUCAAAUCUUCAUAUAACUUUAAUUUUUCCCCCCUCCACCUUUCUAUCC